AGUCAAUAAUCAUUUUCCCUUUUUUUCGUGAAAAAAAAAAAGCUGCUUUUGUUUUUCUCUUUUUCCCCAAUUGUCGCUAAUUUGUCCCCUGUUUUUCUUCAUCUGCAAAUGAAGCUGAACCAAAUCAACAAAAAUAUAUGUAUAUAUCGGUUCGUACAUUGAUUAUGCGAAAAAAAUUGAUCAAUGGGGAUCGGUGAUUUUGUUUUAUGAAUUAGGGUUUCAAUUUCUUGUCGGUAUUUGAAAAUUGUAGCCGAUUGACAAUCUUAAAUGGUUCUGAGUUGAGAAUCAUAGCUCAAGAUUAGUUUUUUAAGUUGAAAACGAUAAUUGGUGUUAUCCAUUUCUGGGAUUUGAUCCAUAACUGGCUGUUUUUUUUGGAUUUUUUUUUUUUAUGAUACGUAUAUUGGGUGGAAAUUCGAAUAGGAACGUGUGAUUGUUGCUGUUGAAAUAUUUGGUUGUUGAAAUCUUGAAGUGGAGUUGUUCAGUUACCAUGGAUCAUGUUGUGGGUGGGAAGUUUAAGUUGGGAAGGAAGAUCGGAAGUGGGUCUUUUGGUGAACUUUAUUUAGGUGUGAAUUUACAGAAUGGAGAAGAAGUUGCCAUUAAGCUGGAAUCUGUCAAGACAAAGCACCCUCAACUGCACUAUGAAUCAAAAAUAUAUAUGCUUCUCUCAGGAGGAACUGGAAUUCCCAACCUUAAAUGGUUUGGAGUCGAAGGUGAGUACAAUGUAAUGGUCAUAGACCUUCUUGGACCGAGCUUGGAAGACCUCUUCAACUAUUGUAAUAGGAAGCUUUCGUUGAAAACAGUGUUGAUGCUUGCAGAUCAGCUAAUUAAUAGAGUUGAAUACAUGCACUCAAGAGGAUUUCUUCACCGAGACAUAAAGCCAGACAACUUUCUGAUGGGCCUUGGUCGCAAAGCAAAUCAGGUGUAUGCAAUUGACUUUGGACUUGCCAAAAAGUAUAGGGACCUCCAAACUCACAAGCAUAUACCCUACAGGGAAAACAAGAAUCUGACCGGCACAGCGCGCUAUGCAAGUGUCAACACGCACCUUGGAGUUGAGCAAAGCAGAAGAGAUGAUCUGGAAUCUCUGGGUUAUGUGCUUAUGUAUUUUCUUAGGGGAAGUCUUCCAUGGCAGGGAUUGAAAGCUGGUACUAAGAAGCAGAAAUAUGAUAAAAUCAGUGAGAAGAAGAUGUUGACACCAAUAGAGGUGCUUUGUAAAUCAUAUCCGUCUGAGUUCAUAUCAUACUUCCAUUAUUGUCGGUCAUUACGGUUUGAAGAUAAACCCGACUAUUCAUAUUUGAAGAGGCUUUUUAGGGACUUGUUUAUUCGUGAAGGUUAUCAGUUUGACUAUGUGUUUGAUUGGACCAUUUUGAAGUAUCCUCAGAUCGGUGCUAGCUCUAGAGGACGUAAUAUUGGUGGAAGUGCGCCGCUAAAUGCUGUGCCAUCUGCUGAAAGACCGGGAAGGACAUCAGUGGGACAGGAUAUUCGGGACAGGUUUUCUGGUGCCGUUGGAGCAUUUUCGCGGAGGAAUGCUUCUAGUUCUGGUAGGCAUGGGGAACACUCCAGACACAAGACUUCAGAUGAUAUACCUUCAUCUAAAGAUGUGCAAGCUGAUUCAGAUAGAGGCCGUACCUCAAGAAAUUGCAGCUCGUCUAGAAGGGCUGCGAUUUCAAGUAGCAGACCGAGCUCUUCUGGUGAACCUACAGAGAGUCGCUCAAGCAGCAGAUUAGUGUCAAGCAGUGGUCGCUUAUCUGCCACACAAAGGAUUCAUUCUGGAGCUGAACCGAAACCAUCACUAUUCUCCCGAACUUCAGUUACGAAGGGCAGCCGAGAUGACCCUCUUCGGAGCUUUGAGCUUCUUUCAAUCAGGAAGUAAAGGAAGGGAUGCACUUGUAAAGAGAAAUCUUCUCAUUGUUUGAAUCUUGUGAUCCUAUAAAAGGAUGUCUCUGUGCUGUAAAUUGAAAUUUUCUACAUGAAAACUAAAGCUUAAUCCAACUUUUCAUUAUAACUUGGUGUUGUUUUACCUGAAGAGUUUCUGGUCAUUGUAACGCUAUUUAGCCUCAUCCAAAGAAGUGAUGAGUAUUAUGUACUAAGUUAUAUAUUAAAUAUUUGAUGAUGAUGAUGUACGAAUGUGUGGUGGAGAAAUUCUGUUCAAGGUUCUAGUGAUGAUUAUAACUA